CACCUACCCUCCUUUGUUGAGAUUAUCUAAACCCCUAAAAAAUCCCCACCCAAUACUCUCCCGCCACCGCUCUAUACGUCGACGAAAUACCAAUUGCCGACCCUCUGCAAAUCAUCGUCCUCAAUCAACAUGUCAUCAAUAACAGUUAAGAAGCGGAGAUGGAGAAGCAGGCGCUGUCGGAUCCAAAUCGUCGUGGCCCAAUCCUCUUCUUCAACCCCUACUUCAAAUCCAUGUUCAAUGGUCGUCGCCUACUCCCACCCCUUCCGCCGCGUCGUCCAAAUCUGCUUUCCAAGAUGAAGAACUCGUCCAAGGGUUUCGAUCUGGCGAGAUUGCAGUGUAGACGCCAUAGUCGACAAGAACUUCGUUCUACAAUUUCAUAUUUUGGCUAUGACGGUGGUGAGAAACAGGGGCGUUUCGGAAUAGAGAGAGAUCGAAGACUGGACUUCCUCGCUGGGAUUCUCCAGCUGGGAUCCUUGACUGAAACAGGGGCGAAAUUGGAUCUACCGGCAGCCCGGUUCAGGGACGAUAGAUUCAGGGGCAGAAGCGAUGGAUGAUUUGGGUAUGGGGGUUUAAGAAUCUAGGUGGGGUCUUCAUUAUUGAGAGCUCGUAGAGAGGGUUUUGGGAGGAUGAAGAGCUGCCGGGGGGAGGGGGAUUUUUAGGGUGGCGGCGGUCGGAUUUUCAGGAAGGUAGGAAGGUUUGUGACAAUGUGAAGAAGAAGAUGAAGGGGACAGAUCCCCUUUUUUUUUGGAAGGAGAAGGAUACGAUAGAAGGGAUCUUUAAAAUUAAAUGGAAUGACAUAAUUUUUUUUAAUUUGAAUUGUGACAUGGCUGUCAUGUGGCAUGGUAAGAUCUAUGUGGACAUGAUGUGUCGUCUAGGUGGCAGCCAAAUCAGCCUAACGUUCAUUUCACUGACGGAAUAGUUGACGGUGUUAAAGUAUUUGACGGAAAUGGCUAAAUUAGUCCAAUAAGUUUUAAAAAUGUGG